AUGCUGCCUCCAAUUCCUGUCCUCGCUGACUACGACAUCUCGCCAACCCAUGGCUUUCUCCCCAGCACGCUCCCCCUCUCUCGCCUCCCAGAUCCCUACUACAACAAAUGGGAGGCCAUCGUGGCAAACCUGCCGGCCCUGAUCCUCACUCGCCGGUUGCGCGGCGUCAUCGACCGCCUGCCGGUGCUGUCUACCGUGGGUCUGGAGCACGAUGCCGAGUGGCGUCGUGCCUAUUCGCUGCUGAGCUUCAUGGCUCACGGCUACAUCUGGAGCGACGACAUCCCCGCUGAGCGGCUCCCGCCCCAGAUCUCAAUUCCCUAUCUGGCCAUCUCGCAGCACCUGGAGGUCCCGCCGGUGGCAACUUAUGCGGCCGUCUGUCUGUGGAACUACAAGCCGCUGUUCAUGGACGAGGACAUUGACAACAUGGAGAACUUGGCCACGCUGUCUACAUUUACCGGCGGAAUCGACGAAUCAUGGUUCUACCUCAUCUCUGUUGCCAUCGAGGCUCGUGGCGCCCCCGUCAUGUCUCUCAUGCUCAAGGCCUUUGCAGCCGCAAGACGCAAUGACUCGGUCACCGUCAUACGAUGCUUGCAAGCGUUUGCGGAGCGCUUGACUGAUUUGAACAACCUCCUAGAGAGAAUCAAUGAGAGAUGCGACCCUGACAUCUUCUUCAACCGCAUCAGGCCGUUUUUGGCCGGAAGCAAGAACAUGGCCGAUGCCGGAUUGCCCAAGGGCGUUCUUUACGACGACGGUACCCCCAACGCGGCGUAUCGACAGUUCGCCGGAGGAAGCAACGCUCAGAGCAGUCUGCUUCAGUUUUAUGACAUUGCCCUUGGAAUCCAGCACCGUCCUACAGGCGAAAAGAAGGGCGACUCGUCUGAACGCCGAGGCCGUGCCCCCAGCCACGGUUUCAUCCAGGAAAUGCGAGAGUACAUGCCUGGCCCGCAUGCUCAGUUCUUGGAGGACGUGUACCAUGUGGCCAACAUCCGCGAAUUCGUCGAGGAAAACACCGACAAUACUGAGCUUUGCCUCGCCUACGAUGCCUGCCUGGCCAUGCUGAGCGCCUUCCGGGACAAGCACAUCAUCAUUGUCACGCGCUAUGUCAUCAACCCGUCUCGCCGGUCCCGCAGCCCCAAGGCCACUCGCAGAGGCCUCAACCUGGCCAUUGCUUCGCGCAAGGCCGAUCAAAAGGACCAAAAGGGCACUGGCGGCACGGCUCUGAUUCCCUUCCUGAAGCAGGCCCGAGACGAGACGGGCGAGCCCGCCGUGGGAGAGUGGACAAGGCGGUUCUUGAGCAGAGAGGGGAAGAAGGCUGGCAAGGGAGACUUCUUCUUGGGCAAGACAGAAGACGCAACGCUGCCGGAGACGGAGGAUGUCGAAGUCAAGGGCCUUGCUGGCACGUGGACGAUGGAGGACGAAGUUGGCGGUAUUUGCCUUUACUGA